AAAUACACCCUCUCCCUUGCCCUAAAAUCUGCAUUUUUAACCCCAUUUCCCCAAAAUACCCCUCCCUCCUCAAAAAAUGGGAAUUUUUGACUCUGUCUCAGACUUAAUCUCUGAAUAUGUUGCCACCUCCAGACAGAGGAAGAAAAAACCAAUGCAGACAGUGGAGAUCAAGGUGAAAAUGGACUGUGACGGGUGCGAACGGCGAGUGAGAAACGCCGUUGCCAAAAUGAAAGGUGUGAAAACGGUGGAGGUGAACAGAAAACAGAGCAAGGUGACGGUAACGGGGUUUGUGGAGGCGAACAGGGUUCUGAAGAAGGUGAGGAGAACGGGAAAAAGAGCGGAGUUGUGGCCGUACGUGCCGGUGAAUGUGGUGGCGUAUCCGUACGUGGCGCAGGCCUACGACAAGAGGGCGCCGGCGGGCUUCGUCAAAAACGCCGUUCAGGCUUUGCCCAGCCCCAACGCCGUCGACGAGAAGCUCACCACUAUGUUCAGCGAUGACAAUCCCAACGGCUGUUCCGUUAUGUAAUAAAUAACUUUUUUGCCCUUCUUUCGGUUUCUUUUUUACUUUUACUUCGGUGUAAAAGUACCUUCACUUGUCACUUUUCAUUUUUUACCCUCUUAUACUUUUUCCUUUUACUCGUA